AGCAUGUUGGGAUAUGAGAGCGCUCCGGCGGCGCGUUACCGCCAUGUCACCUAGAGAGAAACAUUUAGCGCUUCUUUCUAUUUUAGGGCUAAUUAUAUUCGCUUUGUAUUACAUCCCUACUUUUCUUUACGCUACUUUAAUUCUUGUAAUUUGUUGUUUCGCUUGUUACUAUAUCAGCGGUGAACCAAUUCCCGCCAGGUUAGGCCCCAAUCCGCGGGCUGGACUAAACGUCCCAGGCGUACUCCGGCGCUGGUUGUCGGGCUGGGAGACGACCGGCGUGUCGGUGGCCGCGCGUUGCAGGACGAAGAGCAGCAGUAGACCCGAGCACCGAGAGACAGAGGGACACUUGAGACAAAGACCCAGUGAAACCGGAGUUUAUCGAAGGGAAGCCCUGGCAAGUGACUCGUUUCUGUUCAGCCCCAGGGAUUUCCUCAUGGGUAGUUACAUCGGGAAAGCCGAAAGUCCGACCGCCGACUCUGGAAGGCCGAGAGCCGGGAGGAAUCCCCGAGAGCAACUGCGAGAGAAGCUGUCCAGACCCAACCAUGCUGUUUAUACCCCGAACAGGAGGCUUUCGUUCACUGGGGAGCCGCUGACUACAGCAAGCGGAUUCACCAUCACCCCCCAGCGUCACUACCCCCUUCAGCAGCCGAGUGUCUCCUCUGUGGGACUCUUGCCUCCUGUCAAGUGGGACAGCUUCAGAAAGAAGAGCGUCCUGAGUCCCCGAAACGCUCAAGCUGCCCUCAGCCCCGUCACCGUAAAGAUAGCCAGGCCUGACCACAACAACCCCAGUAUAAAUCAUCUCAGGUGUGCAGGGCUCACCCGAGCGCCUGCAGACCCCUGCUCCAAAGAGAGCGUCCUCAAGGUGUUGAAGGAAAGCCGCAAGAGGGAAGUGGAGGACGAGGACCGGAGCUUCACGACUGAACAGAAAAGCAAAAGAAGGCGUAAUGACAGCAGUGGAAGUUCACACUCUGCUUUUGAGCCGCUGUUGCCCAAUGGAACUCCAUCACAGCUGGUUCCCAAGCCAGGGAGCCUUAAAAGAGGGAUGACCUCGGUGGCAGAAGAGAGCACCAUAAAGAGGUCUCGCACCUCCUCCAUCAGUUCUGGCUCUGGGGUUCAUUUCCAGAGAGGAACUUCUGGCACCAAGAGAAAUGCUAUUCAAAGCUCCUACAGCUCUUCAGCAGGCCUCAGCCCGUGGAAGAAACCGUCUACUCCCAGCUCUCCUCUGUCCAGCCCCGUAUCAUCUCGCUCUCAGACUCCAGAGGGGGUCUCCAAAAGACCCAGAGAGGACGAGGCACAGUCUCCCAGCUCGGCCUCCUCAGUGAAGUCGGAUCACACAGCAGCAGAAAAGGCUCCUGAUACUUCCAAACAAACUCCAGUCCCCAAAGUCCCCACUACAGCCUCAACAGACUCCACUGGAAGUGGUGGGAAGAGAAAACGGAAGAUCCAGCUGGUGUCCAGCCACCGGGACGAUCACAUCUCUCUGCCUCCCCCUCCUGAGCUGGGCUACUCCAUCACAGCAAAAGAUCUAGAUGAAGAGAAAAGGGUUGCCAUCAGUAAGAUCCAGAAAGUCCUGGAGACGCCUGCUCCAGAACCAGAGAAGUCCGUGUCUCCUGCAGCCACCGCUUCCUCUCAGCCUGCUCCCUCCACUAGCUCCACUACCACCACCCUGAUCAGCCUUCUGACAGCCCCCCUGCCCACUGCAUCCAGCUCUGCGGUCCCGGUAAUCAACCUGGAUCCGAGCCCGGGCAGCAGCGUCACCACAGCUCCCGCCGUCACCAACUCACUGCUCGAGACUCUUAAGAUGAAGACGAGUGCUCCUGCUGACGCCACAUCUGCUGCCAGUGCAACUACAGCUUCUGUAUCAACCACACCUCUGCAAGUCGGUAGCUUUACCCUGAAGACAUCAACUGCAGCCCAACAGCCGCCCCCUUACUCCCAGUGUCAGCCCCCCUCGAGUGCGGGGCAGCCCCCUGCCUUCACUCACAUGCUGGGUCAGGUCUCCAAGGCUCCCACCAGCACCUCUUCAGCACCUGUAGCAACCUUAUUUGGGCUGCCCAGUCAGGUCAGCGCUCCCUCUACUUUGUCGCCCUCCACCACUGUCACCUCCACUGCCCCCCCAGCCAGCAGCUCUGAGUCUGUCAUUAACCAACCAGCCAACCCCCUGCUGGCUGCAGGGUUCAAGCCCAUUUUCCCUGCCGCCACCACCAACACCUCCUCGGCUGCAGCAUCUUUCGACGGCAAAAUGUCUCUCCAAAACUUCAAGAAUGUAUUUGGAAACGUCACAACAGCUGCAGCCCAUGCACAGCCCCCCUCCCUCACAGCCUCUACACUAUCUGCCAGCGCUGCACCCUCAGUGUUUGGCGCAUCAACAAGCAGCACCACAUUAGCACCAUCUUCGUUUUCCGGCUUCAGUAACGCGUCUGCUGCAACAGCCUCCACAGGUUCGGUCACAGCUGCACAGCCUGCAGCCCAACCAGCUGCUGUGAAGUCCCUCUUUGGAAGCUGGUCCGCCCCGCCCACAACCAGCAGCAGCAGCUCCUCGUCGGCACAGCCUCGCACCACAGGGAGCACGUUUCAGUUUGGAGCUGCUGCCACGCCGACGACUGCAGCAGCAAGCGGUGGCCCCGCUGCCACCACCUCCAGCACAGGCUCCUUCGCGUUCGGCGUCACCCAGUCCGAUCCUCAGGCGUCCAGCCAGAAGGUGUUUUCCUUCGGUCAGUCUGCGCCGGGUCAGAACACGACCACUGCUUCGUUCGGAGCCUUUGCAAUGACCAACGCGGCCUCCACUGCUGCCGCCGCCCCCGCCACCACCCAGUCCACGUUCACGUUUGGAAAGUCAACGUUCGAAGCCCCAGCAGCGCAGCCGACCUUCAGCUCCGCCGCAGCACCGAAACCGUUCACCUUCGGAGCUGGAGGCACGUCAGCUGCGCCCGCUUCUAACCCCACCCCGGCCCCCUUCACCUUCGGAGCCGCCGCCGCCACCACCACAGCAGCCACCUUUGGGACCCCGGCUAAACCGGCGUUUGGAGCCAGUUUUGCUUUUGGCGCCAACUCGACUCCUUCAGCUGCACCCUCAGCCGCGCCGAGCUUUGGCGCACCUGCCCAGACUCAGAGCUCCUCUUCGAUCACAUUCGGAGGCGCCGCUCCUCAGCCGGCUCCCUCCAGUAACGCACAGCCUGCACCCGGAGGGUUUAACUUUGGUGAAAGUAUACCUCGCCCCCAGUUUGGAACGCCAGUUUCUAGUACUCCUGCUCCACAGAUGGGAACCUUUAACUUUGGGGCUGCAGCAGUGGACAAACCAGCUUUUGGGACGUCUGUUUCAUCGUUUGGUCAGAGCGCUGCAGGUCCAAUUCCCUUCGGCGGCCCUGGAACCCCCGCCCAAGGCUUCAGCCCUGUUUCAUUCGGAUCACCGGCGACUCCCGCCUUCUCUAUCGGAGCUGGAUCCAAGACGCCCGGUGCCCGGCAGAGGCUGCAGGCUCGGAGGCUGCACAACAGGAAGAAGUAACCAGGCAGACGAGUCCAGCGCGGCUCUUCAGAGGACUUCAGCUGAUGCUGCUACGGCUAACCUGACUAACAUCGCUCUGUUUUAAGCCCAACUUCCACCAAUCAGGCCGCCAUCAUCCUCCGUCUGUGUCUCUUCGGUCCAGCAGUGGGUUGAGCGGGCCCAGAG